CAACAAAGUGCUUGGUUGAAACCAUACAUUGAGUUGAACACUGAAAUGCGGAAAGAGGCGGCAAAUGCUUUUGAAAUAGCAUUAUUCAAACUAAUGAAUAAUGCCGUCUUUGGAAAAACCAUGGAGAACAUGCGGAAGCGUACCCAUAUUGAGCUAAUCUCCAGUUCCAAACGUCUAAGCAAGCUCGUAAACCAACCAACCUUCAACGACUGUAUCAAAUACGGUGAAAGGUUGUGCGCUGUCAUAAUGGACACAAAGAUUGUCAAGUUUAUCAAACCAAUAUACGUCGGUUUAGCAGUGCUUGACAUUAGCAAGACGCUAAUGUACAAGUACUUCUACGACGUAUUGAAACCACAUUAUGGCAACGCAAUCGAAUUGGUUUACAUGGAUACUGACUCCUUCAUAUACCUGCUCAGAGUAGGCGACUUCUACCAGGAUUUAGCUGGUAGCCCCGAUUUACUGGUGCACGUGGACGCAUCUAGCCUGCCCAAGGAUCACCCUUGCNACACGUGGACGCAUCAAGCCUGCCUAAGGAUCACCCUUGCUACUCCAACGAUAGAAAUAAGAUGCCCGGCUUGUUUUCAGACGAGACCGGUAGCCUCGCCCUCUUUGAGAUCGCUGCACUUCGAUCAAAGUGCUACGCAUAUGACAUGGAAGGCAGCGAACUCAUAA